CUGCUCUUUCUUUUUUAAGAGAAGUCAGAUCUAGGUUACAUUUUCCUGAUUUUUAAAAAUAUGAGCAGCUAUUUACUUGAACUGCUAGUAUCUUACUGCCUUUAUUCCACCUUUUAGAGCUAUAAAUGCGGCAGUUUCAUACGCCUCAACUUGUAUGAAAAUAAUGUAACAUUUUACAACAGGAAGUCUGCAGGUAGCAUAAGCUUAAGUGACCUCUGAUAAACCUCACCCUCAGUGUGUUUCUUCCUCUCUGUCCAUCCCUUUUUCUUGGCCCUAGAACCCACUCACCUCUUGGCCCUUCUCUGUAUUUCAUGAACAUCUCUCCUGACCAGGUUCUGCUGUUACGAGCCAGCUAGCAGCUUCAGGAUUUGCCUGAGGGUAAAUCCUGGGUUUACUCCACACCCUGGAUCUGCCUCAGCUCGGCUGUCUUCAGUUCUGACUGCAGGCUGCGUCUCACCAGUACCUCUGAUUCCUCUAAUCUCUGUCUGGCUCCGAGACAGUGCUGCAGCCGCCUUUUCAAUUGCUGUACCAGGCAACGGAGCCGUGGUCUUCAACCUCUUCAGGGCAUUUGCAUCAAGUGUGGGCUUGGCAUCUAUGGAGCAAGGCAGGCAUGCCAGGCAAUGGGGAGCCUAUAUCAUACUGAUUGCUUCACCUGCAACUCCUGUGGGAGACGACUUCGUGGGAAGGCAUUCUACAACGUGGGUGAGAAAGUGUACUGCCAGGAGGACUUCCUGUACUCCGGGUUCCAGCAAACGGCUGACAAGUGUAGCGUGUGUGGACACCUCAUCAUGGAGAUGAUCCUGCAGGCCCUUGGGAAGUCCUACCACCCAGGCUGCUUCCGAUGCUCGGUAUGCAAUGAGUGCCUGGAUGGGGUGCCCUUCACUGUGGACGUGGAGAACAACAUCUACUGUGUCAGAGAUUAUCACACGGUGUUUGCACCAAAAUGUGCCUCCUGUGCCCGUCCUAUCCUCCCUGCACAGGGCUGUGAGACAACCAUCCGUGUGGUGUCCAUGGACAGAGAUUACCACGUGGAGUGCUACCACUGUGAGGACUGCGGGCUGCAGCUGAGCGGGGAGGAUGGACGCCGCUGCUACCCCCUGGAGGGCCACCUGCUGUGUCGCCGAUGCCACCUGCGGCGCCUCCGGCCUGGGCCACUUCCCUCACCUGCUGUGCAUGUCACGGAGCUCUGAGCCGGGGCUGAGAGCCCGACCCUGGGGUCGUGUUUGUGCUUGCAGGAGCCUGCGGUUUUGUGUGCGUCCCCAUGCGUGCGUGGUUUUGCGUAGAAGCGCACAUGUUUUUCUGCGCAGGCGCGUUUUCUGCGUUCGCGCGUGUUUUUUUGCGUAGGCGCAUUUUUGCGUGCACGCUAGCGACGCGCGACCCAGGUCAGUGCCAGAGCUUUGUGUCAGGGUGGGUGCGGCGGCGGCGGGCUCCCACCCCACCCCUAUACCCACCAGCCACCGAGCUGCUGUCCGAGGGGCCGGCCCCGCGGCGAAGCUAUUAAUAUUUAUUCACCGUCUGUGCCUCCUCAAGCCGCUUUUUUUCUUCCGGGCCCUGCCUGCUUCCCGCCCUUCCCCCACCAGCGGCUUUCCCUUUCGGGACCCCCUGUGCCCCGGUAGCCUCGUAGGGGGGAGGCUCCCAGACCGGCUCUGGGUCGCGUAGCUGAAGAUGGCCGUUACUACGUGCAGGGGUGCGGGAUACAUGGCCGCCGUCCUCCGACUGGCCUUGGAGCAAGAGCCAGUUUCCCUGAAGCGAAGGGGUCUGGGAUCCCCUUCUAGAACACCCGGAGGCUGGGUGUGGUUUGGCAGGCGGGGGUUUGGGGAAGGGCAUGCGUAUUUGUCUCCUAAGCGCCUUGCCUGCUGGUUGUGGGAAGGGUUCGUUGUGUGGGUGGGGUCGCUGAAGGGGGUGAGGAAUGACCCCCCUCAGGGAGUGGGGCCUGCGUAGGACCCCAACCUUUGGCCUUUGGUCACUGCGGGUUUUGGUCACCCAGAUUCCGAUGGGUGUUUUCAGCCGUCAUCUCGCCCUGGGCUCCUUCCCAAACCCUCCCAUCCUCAGCCUCGCGCAAAGAACGCCUUCUCACGCAGAAUUCCAGUCACAAGUCUCGGUCAAGAGAGACCGCGAGGGGGCGCCUUGCCCACUUGUUGCAGGAAAGCACUGUGUAUUAGGCUCCACGACAAAAAGCAUAUGAGUUGACUUAAAUUAAGUUUUUCCUUUGAGAAUAUUUUCAUUUUCUUUAAAAGAAUAUAGUUUUCUUUUAAAACCUUGGUCCACGGUUGUUAUUUCUUAGGAGAAUCACAAGCUCAAAAAUGUCUAAUUUGUGUAUCAUACAGCUAGUGUUCAAGUGGUAAAAAAAAAAAAAAAAUUGUAGUUUGACUAUGUUUUUUUAUAAAUUCCUCUGAAAUCUCA